GCUUUCUCAGCAUCAUACACUUACUCACCAUGCUGUUCCGCUCGUCUGUCCGUGCCGCCCGCCCGCUCGCGCCGCUUGCGCGUGGACUGUCGGCCUCGGCCGUGCGCCGCGACCACUUCCUCGACGUCGACCCAUCUGCGUUCAAGAAGCGCGCGCUUGAGGGCGGCACCAAGCCCGUCCUCGUCGACUUCUACGCCGACUGGUGCCAGCCGUGCCGUGUGCUCUCGCCGGUGCUCAAGAAGCUCACGGGCCCCGAGACGCAGUACGACCUCAUGACGGUCGAUGUGGACAAGCACCCCGAAUUGGCGGGCGAGUUCAAGGUGACGGCGCUCCCGACCGUCGUCGCGUUCAAGGACGGUAAAGUCAAGAACAAGUUCCUCGGGUUCCGGAGCGAGGCGGACGUCAAGAAGUUCCUCACCAUGCUCUAGUCGAUGCAUCAUAGAGUUCGCAGGGCUGGUCACUGGUCAGAGAUCUGUUAGACACACAGUCCGCCGACUGGCAUCGAGUGGUGAUGCCGCUCUGAUGGCUACACUCCCUCAGAAACGUUGGUCACCGUCGGUCACUAUCCGUCGCGCGAUUUGGAUCGUGGACGGCACGCGGCUUCGUGGGUCUCUUUCAUGCCUUAGGGCGCUGCAGGAGGACUGCCCAGUCUGGCUUAGGAGGGGGCUCUCUGGCGAG